GAUGAACACCUCGCAGUUCGACUCCCUCCUUGGGACAUCUUACGUCCCAGAUGACGACGAAAUACUCCAGGUCAAGUCCCUGAUAUCUGAGGAAGGCAGAGAGCUAGAAAAAAUAGAUGCGGAAAUGUCGAAAAUAAUGGCAUCCUACAUCAAGCUGAAGAAAAGCCGCGAACGAAUCAGAGCGAAUAUCGAGCCAUACCAGCAGUUUAUCUCAUUAUCAAGACGCCUUCCGGAUUACAUUCUUCAGCAGAUCUUUCUUUCCUGCUUGCCAGAACAAUAUGGUGGCGGCAGCUCGCUUUAUCAACGCCUUUAUUGUGGGCGUCCUUCUGUCCCCGUCCCCCUUCCCUCUUACUCCUACGGCAAUGAAGAGGAACAGAUGCCCCCCGAGGAUGCUGCUUUAACCGUCACCGUCGCACGCGUCAAGGCAAUCCAAGACUGGGGUCAGAGGGCCCAGCAGUGUCCCCUUGCGAUUACUCUGAGGAACGAGCUGAGCUAUAACUCAGACGGACAAGCCUAUUAUGACCGGUUAUUGUCUGCGAUCCUCUCUCUUUCGAAGCGUUGGAAACAUUUGGCAAUCUUUGCCACGGUUCCACAGAUCCAGCGAGUCGUGGCUAUAUCGCAAUCACAAGCUCCGAAUUUGGAGUCACUGACCGUGGCUGCCAACACUUCGCAGGAGGACGAAAAUAUGCAAGUCCCCUUCGACAACCCCGAGCUUUUCAAAUCGACUGCCCUACGACGCCUUACUUUCCGAGCAUCAUACGGAAAUAUCCGCAUCAUGCCAAUCUCCUGGUCGACGUUAACCCAUAUCUCUGUAUUAGAAGGUUAUGCUUGCAAGAUACAUUCAGUAGACGACAUUGCCUACAUAUUGACAGCUUGUAAGCGUCUCAUUUCCUUCUCGUUCGAUAUGGGUGUAUUUCAUCAGUACGAUGAGCUACACACGAGCAGCCCACGCGAUAUGCCCGUUAUCUCCUUGCCUCAUUUGCAGCAUAUCCAUCUCCGUACCGGUCACCACGUCACUGGAGACGCACCUGCAGCAGGCCUCCCUCUGGAUGUUCCCGCUAUCCAAGAAGUCAGUUACUGUUUCGCCCAAUCGCUAACUCGAUCGUCCCCUCUCCACUUCUGGCUCGAAACCUCCUUCGGUCGUCUUCACACUCUCGAAACAAGCUACACCCUCUUCCAGCAGAGCAGGACGACUUUCUUGCCUCCCUUCAUCUCUGUCCCAAUCUUGAAGCGCUA